UAACACCUUCAGUGGCUUUCAUAAAACACGGUGAGAUAUAAUCAGCGUUCAGACUUUGUUGCUGUUUUGCUUGUGCGGGAUGACAGAGGCUAAGCGUGAGCAAGCUAACAGCAAGCUAACGCCUUUAGUAACGUUGGAUGUUGCUGUUAAUGAACCGAUCGGUUUAACGACACAUGUAUUAUACAUUCCCCUGUUGUUUUUUGUUACUUAAACACGAUACUUCGAUUAAAAAAAUUAAAUGCGUGGUUCAACUUUUUGUGAUGUGUGUGCGUGAUUAUAGCUAAAUUCGCUAACUGAAGCUAACUAGCGAGUUGGUGCUAACUUCAGUUUUAUUUUGGAUUUCUUUGGCUACUCAAAUAACGUUACACCCGUAUUGUCCUAAAUUGAAGUCAACAACGUCGGGGCCAAUAUAAAAGACAGAAGACAUAACACAAAUAAAAUAGAGACAAUGUAACUCCCAAUAUACUAAGUCAUAAUUCCAUCACUUUUUGAUUUAACGUUGAUUGAACGCUAGCUAUUAAACCCAAACAUGACCUAAUGUCCUCCAGGUUUAUACCCGCGGACAUGCUUUGCUGUCUGAUGGAUGUUUCAUGUAUAAGUCCACGCCUUAUGCCAUUUGUAUUUUUUGUUAGUGAACUUGUCCGAAUUAAUGAACUUUAUAAAGGACUUACUAUUAAAUGUAUCCCUCUAAUGGUAAAGCUGUUUUUAUAGUCACGCAUCAUUGUGUUUGCUCAUCAGAUCUCGCUAUGGACCGGCUGCUGAGGCUCGGAGGUGGAAUGCCAGGGCUUGGCCAGGGCCCCCCGACAGAUGCACCUGCUGUGGACACAGCAGAGCAGGUUUACAUCUCCUCUCUGGCCCUGCUCAAGAUGUUGAAGCACGGGCGCGCUGGUGUACCAAUGGAGGUCAUGGGAUUGAUGUUGGGAGAAUUUGUUGAUGACUACACAGUGCGAGUGAUUGAUGUGUUUGCCAUGCCCCAGUCAGGAACAGGUGUGAGUGUUGAAGCAGUGGACCCUGUGUUCCAGGCCAAGAUGUUGGACAUGCUGAAGCAGACCGGCAGACCAGAGAUGGUGGUGGGGUGGUACCACAGUCACCCUGGUUUCGGCUGUUGGUUGUCUGGCGUGGACAUCAACACACAGCAGAGCUUCGAGGCCCUGUCAGAGCGAGCCGUCGCGGUGGUGGUUGAUCCUAUUCAGAGCGUCAAAGGAAAGGUUGUUAUUGAUGCCUUCCGAUUGAUCAAUGCCAACAUGAUGGUGUUGGGUCAUGAACCAAGACAAACCACAUCCAACCUGGGUCAUCUCAACAAGCCCUCAAUCCAGGCUCUGAUUCAUGGUCUGAACAGACACUACUACUCCAUCACCAUCAAUUACAGGAAAAACGAGCUGGAGCAGAAGAUGCUGUUGAACCUGCACAAGAAGAGCUGGAUGGAGGGCCUGACCCUGCAGGACUACAGCGUGCACUGCAAACUCAACGAGACCAUCGUCAAGGAAAUGCUGGAGCUGGCUAAGAACUACAAUAAGGCUGUUGAAGAGGAGGACAAAAUGACCCCGGAGCAGCUGGCAAUCAAGAAUGUUGGAAAACAGGAUCCCAAGAGGCACUUGGAGGAGCACGUAGACGUUUUAAUGACAUCCAACAUCGUUCAGUGCCUAGCUGCCAUGUUGGAUACCGUAGUUUUCCAGUGACGGGACUGUGUGCAUAACUGUUAAUACUGCAACCUUUCUUUUUCCUUUUAUAUAAAAUAAAUGUAUGUAUAAAAAAAGACUUCGGCGUGGGUGGUACCUUAUUUUACUAUCCAAGCAGAAUGUUGUUUAAUUCUGUCAGUGCACAUAACCUUUUCUGUUUGAAACUAAAUAUUGUAUUUCUACAUUCUGUAUUUUAUUUUUCUCCUUUUUAUAUUUUAGACAAAUGCAUCAUUAACCGAUAUUAGUUUUUUUUGUGUUUAGUGUUUUUGUGUUUAAUCUGGACACAAUUCUUCAUUUAAUUUGGUUUAACUUGGUUCUGAGUGAACCAUGCAGGAAACCGUUUUAAACGGUGGAAUAGAAGGCUGCAUCAGUAUCUCAUCAUAUUGAUAUAUUGCUGCAAUACCCGUCGUACACACUAGAUGGUGCAAGAGUUGCAGGUUACAUGGACAAAAAGUAGAAGUAGUCGUCAAGAUGGAAUACAUCAAAUCACCGUAACCUUCUCGUUCUCAAACAGGCUUGUUCGUUUCAUUUGAAGGUGAUGUCACUUGGAAGUAUUUAUACAACGUUUCAGUCCGGAGAUACAACUUUAUAAACAAAAGACUUUUGGGGAUUAUUUAACAGUUUUGUGGUCUAUCAGUUGGCCAGUUAUACUUCAGUGGAAAAUAACACUCACCCCUUUGCUAAAACCAUGAACAACAACCUUCCACUGUAAACUGUUAUUGCUCGACUUUGAAAGGACCGUUUGAUGCUUAUUCCUAAACUGUCUGUGUCUUAGAAAGUUGGGAUUCCUUCCCCUUUAUUUGGAACAAAGUUAUUUCUAAGGAACAGGAUGAUGAGGGAUGA